CUGUGAGUUCGUUCCACUGGAGGGCUCCAGAGAACUGAAAUUCACACAGCAGCAUUUGUAAGAUACCUGGACCAGUAGCUUGGCAAACGCAGGAUGUUUUUAAAUGGAUCCUCAGAUGAUGGGUUUGAAAGCCUUUUGCCUUCAGCACCUAUCCCUGCAGGUUCCCCGUACUUCAUUAGGCAAUCCCACAAAGUUGUUGAAGUGAAUUUUAAUGGGACGUGCUAGGCUUUACAGUUAAGGUUGGAGACGCGAAAGUGGUCUGAGGGCUGGAACUACUCUGAUGUGAAGACAGGCAAAGAGAGCUGCGAUUGUUCAGCCUGCAAAAGAGAAGGCUCCAGGGAGACCUUAUUGCGUUGAAAUAUAGACUAUAUAAAGACUUAAAAGAUGUGGGAUCAAGGUGGACAACCUUGGCAGCAAUGGCCUUUGAACCAACAGCAGUGGAUGCAGUCAUUUCAGCACCAGCAAGAUCCAAGCCAGAUUGACUGGGCUGCAUUAGCUCAAGCAUGGAUUGCUCAGCGAGAAGCCUCAGGGCAACAGAAUGUAGUGGAACAACAAGGAAUGAUGCCAAACGGACAGGAUAUUUCAGGAAUAGAGUCUGGUCCAAACAACCAUAAUAAUUUUCAGGGGGAUCCCAAUUUCAACAGAAUGUGGCAGCCAGAAUGGGGAAUGCCUCACCAGCCCCCUCACCCACCUCCAGAUCAGCAGUGGAUGACUCCAACCCCAGGUCAAAUGGAAAUUGUUCCUCCAUCUGAAGACAGCAACAGUCAGGACAGUGGGGAAUUUACUCCUGACAACAGGCAUAUAUUUAACCAGAACAAUCACAACUUUGGGGGACCUCCUGAUAACUUUGCAAUGGGGCCAGUGAACCAGUUUGACUAUCAGCAUGGGGCUGCUUUUGGUCCACCUCAAGGUGGAUUUCACCCACCUUAUUGGCAGCCAGGACCACCAGGGCCACCAGGUCCUCCAGCACCUCCUGCACCUACUCAAAAUCGAAGGGAAAGACCCUCGUUCAGAGAUCGACAGCGUUCACCUAUUGCGAUGCCUGUGAAGCAGGAGCCUCCCCAGAUUGAUGCUGUGAAGCGUAGAACUCUGCCUGCCUGGAUUCGUGAGGGCCUGGAAAAGAUGGAAAGAGAAAAACAGAAAAAAUUGGAAAAAGAGAGAAUGGAGCAGCAACGUUCACAGAUGUCUAAGAAAGAGAAAAAGGAAAGUGAGGAGGCUGAAGAAGGGGAUGGCCCACGGUUACCUCAGAGAAGUAAAUUUGACAGUGAUGAGGAAGAUGAAGAUGCUGAAAACACAGAAGCUGUAAGUGUUGGGAAAAUCAGCAGGAGUCCAUCCCCAGCUCCUCAAGAGGAGCAAAGUGAACCAGAAAUGACAGAAGAAGAAAAGGAGUAUCAAAUGAUGAUGCUAACAAAAAUGCUGCUGACAGAGAUUCUCUUAGAUGUCACAAAUGAAGAAAUCUAUUACGUGGCCAAAGAUGUUCACCGUAAAGCAACUAAAGCUCCUGCAAAACAGCUGGCACAGUCCAGUGCACUGGCUUCCCUCACUGGACUCGGUGGACUGGGUGGUUAUGGAUCAGGAGACAGUGAAGAUGAGCGGAGUGACAGAGGCUCUGAAUCAUCUGAUACUGAUGAUGAGGAAUUGCGACACAGGAUAAGGCAAAAACAGGAAGCGUUUUGGAGAAAAGAGAGAGAACAGCAACUACUGCUAGAAAAACAGUUAGAAGAAGAAAAGCUACAAAAUGAAAAAGUUUCAAAAGAGAUGAAUGAAUUUAUCAACAAAGAACAAAAUAGUAACUUAGCAUCACAGGAGACAAAAGAAAUUGAAGCAGACAUGGUUAAUGAAAAGAAGAGAUCUCCAAAUGCAAUUGUACCUGAUGUAGAACUCAAGAAAGAGGGUAAAGAGAGGACAGGAAGGAAUGGGUCAAGAAGUUCUAGCAGUGGUAGCAGCAGCAGCAAUAGCAGGAGCAGCAGCAGUAGCAGCACAGUAUCCAGUUCAUCGUUUAGCACUAGCUCAGGUAGUAGUCGCAGCACUUCACGGUCUUCCUCUCCCAAAAGGAAGAAGAGACACAGUCGCAGUAGGACACCGUCACAUAAAGUUAGACGCAGUAGAAGCAGGAGUUACUCCCACAGAAACAGGAGAGAGAGGAGUAGGAGCAGGGAGAAAAUAAGGGAAAGGAGAAGAUCUAGUAGAAAUCACAGUGCUGAAAGAGGGGAGAGGCGGAGAAAUCGGAGUCCUUCGAGAGAGAGAAGCUGGGAUAGACGUAGAAGCGGCAGCCGCUCGAGAGACCGGCGAGCCAACCGUGCGAGCCGCAGCAGAAGCAGGGACAGACGUAAAGCCGAAGACCAGCGUAGAAGCCCUACUGGAAAUAGGCACAAACAUAAAAGUGAGGGUAAAGAUCAAGAAAGGAAGAAGGAGCAGGGUGGAGGUGUAGAUAAAGACAAAAAAAAGAACAGAGAAAGGGAGAGAGAUCAGGAAAAAAGAAAAGAUAAGCCCAAAAAAGAGGAAAAAGAAAGUAAGGCUGGCAAUCAUGACGACAGUAGAUUAAAGAGAAAAAGAGACAGUGAAAGAACUUUCUCUCGCAGUGAAUCAAUAUGUGUGAAAAUAAUAAGACAGGAUUCCAGACAAGAAAGCAAAAAAAUUACUACCAAAGAUAGCAAAAAACGAUCAGGCUCUGAAUCUAGUGCAAGGAGUAGUUCUGAAUCACCAGGAAGUAGUAAAGAAAAGAAGGCUAAGAAAUCGAAGCAUAUUCGGUCAUGCUCCAUGGAGAAAUCUCAAAGGUCUGGUAAGAAGGCAAGCCGCAAACACAAGUCUAAGUCACGAUCAAGAUCAACAAGUCCUCUUCAUCGUAAACGCUGAGGAAUUUAUGGCAUCAGUGCUAUGACGUUUAAAAAUUCCAUGAGUUAUAAAAGGCUUGUCUCAUUAUAGAGGCACAUUGUGGCUAUGUAGGUGAAACCAGAAUCCUUUUUUUAUCUGUAAAUAGGUGUAUUUUUUCCAAAUGCUGCUCAGAAUUAAAUACCUAAUAGGAUUUCUUUGUAUUACAUUUUUUCAAGAACGGUAGUGCUUAUUAAGACUAUAAAACAGGCCAUUCUCUUUCAGCUGUAAUGUUCUUAAAAUUACUAUUGAAUGUACUGUGAUGUCAAUAAAGCUCUUUAGUUCAUUUUUUGUUUAAAAUUCUUGCACCUGAAUUUUGUGGUAAAUGGUAGAAAGUACUUAAAAAAAAAAGAAAAAGGCAGCUUUUUUGGUAUAACAGAUUUUUAAAGUACUUGAAAAAGAUUUAACCUGAAACACUUGUAAUCCAUGGACAUGAUGAGAUAACUUCAUUGGGGGUGUGGAAGAACAGAGAAAAGACAUUUUAUUUUUCUUUAGAUAUGUGUAAUAGGUUUUUUAAUAACCCUUUUUUUUUGGUCUAGCUGGUACUAUAUGCUGUGUGUGUAAAAUAUGGGUCACUGUAUUACAAGCUAUACUUAAAGAGACUGAACCCCAUUAGGAAUAUGUGCGAUUAACAGAUCUCACGUGGCAGUGUUAAACUCUGGAACUUUAUUCCUCACCCAGUUUUCAGAGAGAUAUUACAGGGAUAUUACACACAUCUCAGCAUUUUAGAUGUUUUUAUGGAGUAUGUUUAUAAAUGUCACUCAGUACACAUUGAAAAACUGACAAUAGGUUAACUUUACAUUUUGGCACAUGCAUUAAAUAUUCAUAGUCAAUAUUAAAGCUGGUUCUUAGUGUCACAAGAAUUGUGACUCAUGUAAAGCUGAUACACUGAUGUAUUAGCAGUGCUGCUAAAUUUUUGAUUUUGAUAUUACCGUAAAGUGAAUGAAGUCACUGAUUACCUACUUAAGGGAAAUUGACUAUUGCUGUUAGAAAUAAGAGUGUAAAAUAAUGUAAGUAAAAAAACAAACCAACAAUACCCAACUCUAGGCCAGUGACUGUUACAGAAGAACAUAAAUUCAGGGAGAGAUCUGUGCCUAAAAGGUCUGGUAUGACACCAGUUGUAAAAAAGGUACAAGGCUUAACAUCAAAGUAAAUUCUCUUUGAUUGGCUGUAUCUUCUUAGAAAAAAAAAUUGUACUCGUACAGGCAACUUGCAAAGCAUGCCUUCAUGAACAGAUUAAUCCAUUUAACUAAAUCAGAAUUCAGCUAUGCAGCUUUUUUCCACUGUAAUUAUUUUCAUAAAUAAGAUGCAGAAAUAAACUGCUUCAGUGCAGAGAAAUACAUUUUAACUAUGUUUUUAAUAAGCAAAUGAAUUGCCAGUGAAUACAUGCAUGUUUAUCAAAACACUGUUACAGAUAAAUAAUCAGUUAGAAAUUAUAACAACCCCCUCAAUUAUAUCUUUCACAUAGAGUAAGCAGUCAUACUUAUUAGAAAAAUAAAGCAUAAUUUAUAACACACAACUUUUACUUGCAGUGGUAGCAAUAUAAAUGACAAUGUAUCGAUCCAAUCUCACUACACUCUUGGCUCUGGGUAAGAGUGAGGAAUUUUUGGAAAGUAGGUAGCAUAACAGUUCAGAUGACCUAGAAGGAUGUUCUGUGAGAACCAGAAAAAAACUAGAAAUAAGCUUAAGAAAAGCUGUUGAGGAAUACAGUUUCCAGGAUGCAUUGAAUUUGAUUUUCAGUUCAGAUUUUAUAUUCUCUGUCUAAUAAUAAAAAAGAUUGUGUAUGAAAAGCUUUAUAUACUCUGCCAACAACUGGAAUUCUGUCACUUCCUGUAAAUAUGAAAAUUAUUUUUUUGACACAAAUGCACUUACAUGGGUAGUGACUGUAUGCCAAUAAAAAGAGCAUACGAUCUCUGUA